AUGGCAACCACCACCGAAGCCGAGCAGCAAAAUGCGCAAAUUUAUCAGCAACGCGAGAAGGCGCAAGACAGCAUCAGAGAGCCGAUGAAUCGGAUAAGAGCACUGAUUGCACACCAUUUUGGUCAUUCCGAUUUGAAGAUGCUCUUUUGGGAUUUGAGCAGCGAUCGACCGGAGAAUGAUGAGUAUCUGAUAAACACCGUUUGUGAGAUUCUCGGGAAAAUGGCGAAAGAGGAGAAAUACUCGGCCGUCAAUGAGAUGAUUCAAAUCGUGCAACAGGAGAAAUCGGCACGGAAAAUGGAGACCGAGAUGUUGAUCGACAAAAUCUUCAAGACAGCUUGCCAGCGAGGAGAUAUCAGUCCAAAUAUGUGCCUCGAGGGACUCGCGUUGACCGCCGAUUUCACGCUUAAGACAAAGCUUGAUGGGGAAAAGUUUCGAUACAUAAAGGAAAACCUUCGCCGCAUCGAUUACAAAGGAGUCCGAUCGUUGUUCAGUCGAAUCGUCAAAUCGUUCUCGAAACUGCCAAUGGUUUUGUCGGCGGCUCAACGAAAAUCGAUGCUACCCAUCGAAGAGUUGAUGCUUUACAUCAUGGAUCGAAAAUCGAAUCUCAUCCCGUCGCUCUUCGUUGUUACAGAGUUGCAAAAGGAUGCGACGAAAGUUUUCAUGUUUCCCCGACUCGCCAGCGCGGCCACCUACUUCGAGAACAGCUAUCGACCGGUUGCCGAAUUGACGCAGAUCACGGGAAGAUCUUUCCUCUUUCCGUUGCCCGGUCAUCCGAUGUUCUCAGUGAGUGCAACUGCGUGGAAAAUCAACGGAAACGAUAAUCACAUUGCGUUACGAGCUGUCCUCCCCUAUCGAAUCGAGCUCUCCGAGCCACAAUCCUACACGAUUUACGCGAUUCGAAAGCAACCCCGUGGCAACAAGGAUUACUUGAUGCAAUGCCUUCGCCCGCAGACAUCACGCACCGAUUUGACAGCAAUCAUCGCCUACUUAGUGCUGGAAACAUUAGCCGAAGUUGAGACUCUGCCACCAGACGCUGAGAUUCCCCGAUAUCAAUGGGAAAACAUAUGCUCGAUUUUCAUCACCGAAUUCUUCAAUCAGCAAAUAAGCAUUCCGAAAUUUUUGACCAUUCUCACGGAAGCGAUUCGCAAAUCUGGCUAUAGAAAGGGUCGCGAUGAAUUGAUAUGGCUUUUGUUGCAACUUGUCGGCAUUUUACCUACCUACAAGACAUGGAUCGAUGAAAUCAAGACAUGGAUUGAUGAAUUCAGAGAGUUGCAUGAGGCUUGUUAUGGUGCGGUAAAAGAGAACAUUUUGGCCUCAUCGGAUCAUCCCUCGAAAAUGGGUUUCACUCCUCCACAACACGAGACCCUACUCGAGCAAAUGACUUACAUUAAACGUCACGGUGAAUCGGACGCUUUGAAGGACGAUGCAAUGUUGGCAGUUUGUGCGAAUGCUUCUCGUGGUGAAAAGGAACCUGGACCGUAUCAGAACGUGCACAGAGAGUUACAACAAAAGGUUGACACAGUGAAUCAACAACAAUCGCAUCCCGAAACCCUGUUCGCGUUGAGCUAUGGACGAUUGGCGGUAAACAAGCUGGAACCGUGUACGAUUGAGUUCCUCGACUCUCUCACGAUCCGCGCGAAGAGUUUGAUGUUUACCGAGUACGUGCGCAUGCUGACGUCCGGGGUUCCGGAUCGUUUACCGAGUCCAGCGCUUUUGGAAACAAUCGCGAUGCUCUGUCAGAUCAUUGAUUUCGAGCGAGCUCCUUCAUAUUUCUACAUAAAAAUCCUGCCUCAACUACUCUCGACGGCUUUCCAAACGCCACAAGUUCAACAAUCUCAACCUCCAAUGGAUCCACAGACAGCUCGUGAUCUGACGAAUAUCUGCUGUGAGCUGCUCAGCUAUCGGCUCAAUCAGAUGCCGAUCACGUGUCAAAUUCGGUAUAAUCUGACGAUCACCUGCUUGACAGUGUUGAGGAAUGCGCCGAUGACCCAAAUCCCUCCAAUGACGAACGCUCUCUACUUUGCUGUCGAGCAUUUGAUGUUGCGCACGAUGUGGUGGAUCCCAUGGCCCGAGGCGAUCAUCUACUGCUCGAAUUUGAUGAAGCAAAGGGGGCACAUCUGGAAGGUUUUCUGCGCCUCAAAAAGCUACACAACUCCUGCAACAGGCGAUAAAGUGCCGCCAGUGAGCCCCGAAGUGGUGCGGAUGUUCGCUGUGAAUUGGUUUCGAAUGCUCAAGAUUUGUGGCAUCGCUAGUACCAGUGGUGAGGUCCAUCCCGAGGUUGUCGAGCAUCUCCUCAUCGCGUAUCCGAUGCCGAAAUCGCAAAUUCUCUCUUUUCAUCCAUUGAUCAAUGAGAUUAACACCUCGAUCGACCUGCAACGAUUCGACGACUACAACAAGGAUCUGCACAAUUUGAACAGUGCUGUCAAUCAAGAUUGUAUGACGAUUCGCGGAUUGGAUCUUGAUACAAUUGUUCAAUACUUUCGCAAUAAGCAUAAUCCACAAACCACCAGUCCACCACAAGCGACGCUGCUUUGCGUAGCGUUUACUGCUUUACACACGAAUGAACCUGUGAAUCGUUUACCUUCAUUUUAUAUGAUCCUCUCCGAAAUGUCGACCAUCGAACUGGUGAAUUGCUCGAAUGCGUUAGCUGAUUAUCUCAUCUAUCAACUGCAAGAAGCGCCUGAUGAAAGGAAACAAGACUACUUGACGAAUACAGUGCGUGCACUUGAGAGCAUGAUUUGGAAUUACCACUUCAUCACUCUCGAUCGUCUUCUUCUAUCGCUGGCCGUUCAUCCGCCCACUGAUGAGGCCUCGAAAUGGGGGAUUUACAUUAUCUGUCAUCUUUUAUCAAGAUCUCAAUUCCAAGAACGUGUCCGCUACUACACCCAUAACAUGCCACCAUCUCAUCAACCGUGUGGAGCCGAUUACGCGCAGAAACUUGCCGAGUUUCACAAGCGUUUCCCCGAGCUCACCUAUGUCGAGAUGUUGCAAUCGGCGCAAGCGACUUUUCAGGGAAUGUCAAUGCAAAUACCUGAAGUCAUUCCCGAACACCAUUUCCCGAUCUAUUAUGGCAGUGUCAUCGAUCGGAUAUUGCCUACAGCCGAUUUCAUCGUGAGUCGAACGAUCGAGUUGAAUCGUCAAUUGGCUGACGAGGUCUUCGCUAGCUUGCUCAACUAUUUGGCUCCAUUAUACAAAUUUCAUCCUUACCCGAUCACUUUCGUCUACAAUACGCUCUUUUGUCUGCACGAGAUCGUGCCACCGCCGAGGGCAAAAGAUUUGGUCACAGCGAUUUUCAGAGAAACCAUUCACCUUCUAGAGCACGAACCCCAUCAACCGUUCACCGCCUCGUUUACACAAUCGAAUCACCAAAAUGCACCGUUGCAGGCAAUCGUCCUCGAGUUGGCUCAACGCUUUGCCGAUGCCACUGAAUUCGUGCUAAGACCUCCUGAUUUCGUGGCGAAAGAUUGGCGCUUCGCUGAGUUGUCGCCCGGAGUGCACGCGCUUUCUUUAGCUUGUAUCGAGCUGAUGGCUUCUCCACAUUUACCUGACAAAUGGAUUCAAGCAAUGAUCUCCGUGCUGUGCACGAUGAAAUUGAAACGUCCACAUCAGAUUCUGAACGCUCUCUCGUUGAUUCUCAACUCGUUGCCACCAAUUUAUGGGCAAAGGCUGGCGAACGAAGUGCUCGCGUUAUUCGAUGAUGGUCAUUUAGAGGAUCUCUCACCGCAACAAGUCGGCUUCAGCUAUUUCGAGGAGGAUUGUCUUUUCAUCAAAUGUACCCGAGCGACGGCUGUUGUCGCUUUAUCGCACGCCUAUUGGUUUCAAUCGAAUUUGGUAACAUUCCUGAAAAUGUUAUCGCUUUUGGAGAAGGAGCUUUUCGAGAAUGGACGAGUCGGGAAAAUGUAUGAAAGAGAGUUGAUUCUAAUGCUGCGCUUGUUGGUGCCAACGCUGCAACGAUGCCAUGCGCAUUGCCCGAAAGAGUGCCUAAACACGAUCUCGUUCAUCUAUCGACUCGUUGGCGAGGUGUCAGCAAAUGUGAAAGCACAAUUCGAAUACGAGGACACGAUUUGUGAUCUCUUCUAUCAUUUCAAAUAUUUAUACGUCGGAGAUUUUGUCAAAACUGAAGCUGGCUUCGAGGAAACGUUUACGAAAAUGCAUCCAGCGAUGAGGGAAAAGCUAAAGUACAUUGUGAAGACGACAAACGAGGAUGAGGAGAACAUUGACGAAAAGGAUACUUUGAGCGCUUCGAUGGGCAGAGGAUUGGUGCCAAAGAUUUCCGUGGAUGUCACGAAUCAACAAGGUGGAUCGUCAGGGUUGGGAUCGAUG